CCUAGCUCAGGAAGUGGUUGAGGAAUAUGCCCUUCUUUUCUCUGGCUUCUGGAGACCCAAAGCAGCCCUGUUUGAGGUUUGGGAGCCUCAGGAACUGGCUUACAAGAAGUAUAGGAAACUUCCUAGGAAUAGGGAGAAAUAAUUCUGGGCACCCAAACCUGUCUGAGCGCUACCCAGUCCCAUCGGGCCCAAACCUUGUCACACUGUGUCACUUCCUUGCCUUCUCAGCUGUCAUUUGUGCUCACAGACCCCAAUAUCCUGAGCCUGAGUGGGAAGGUGCUGCCAUCUUGUGACCUUGCUCGCCGCUACAGCCUUCAGGAUGUGGAUGUGAGUUUUGACUGUUGAUUCUGUGCUCAGCAAAGUGUUAAGUACUUGAGAGAAAGACUACAAGAUAUGCAAAAUGUUCGGGUCCUCAAGGAGUACCAUUCCCAGGACAAAGCCCCUUUCCUCCAGACUGAGGAAGACCCGGAAACUUCGGGGCCACAUGAGCCAUGGCCACGGCCGCAUUGGCAAGCACCAGAAGCACCCAGGAGGCCAGGGUAAUGCUGGUGGCAUGCAUCAUCACAGGAUCAACUUUGACAAAUAUCACCCAGGUUACUUUGGAAAAGUCGGUAUGAGACAUUACCACUUAAAGAGAAACCAGAGCUUUUGCCCAACUGUCAACCUUGAUAAAGUGUGGACCUUAGUCAGUGAGCAGACACAGGUAAAUGCCGCCAAAAACAAGGCUGGAGCUGCUCCUAUUAUCGAUGUGCGAUCGGGCUACUACAAAGUUUUGGGAAAGGGAAAGCUCCCAAAACAGCCUAUCAUCGUGAAGGCCAAAUUCUUCAGUAGAAGAGCUGAGGAAACGAUAAAGGGUGUGGGGGGUGCCUGCGUUCUGUUAGCUUGAAGCCACAUAGGGGGAGGUUCAUUAAAUGCUAAC